CGGAGGGGACGCGGAGCGUCCUGCAGUGUGUCCUGCGGUGUGUCCGCCGUCCCGGGCAGCGCUGUGUGGUGUGCGGCUCCCGGCGGGACAGCGGGCGGUCAUGCCGUGGCCUCGUCUCCCCGGGGAUAGCGCUGUUGCAGAUAUGCACGAAGAAAAUAAAACUGCGGCAAAUGGAUGUGGCAAAAUCCGAAGUGGUGCUCAGAAUGGGGCCGCUUUACUUGCCCUGAUGGAGAAGACUGGAUACAGCAUGGUUCAACAAAAUGGACAAAGAAAAUUUGGUGGUCCUCCACCAGGUUGGGAAGGUCCUCCACCGCCUCGUGGAUGUGAAGUUUUUGUGGGUAAGAUUCCUCGUGAUAUGUAUGAAGAUGAAUUAGUUCCUGUUUUUGAGAGAGCUGGGAAGAUCUAUGAGCUCAGACUGAUGAUGGAAUUCAGUGGUGAGAAUCGAGGCUAUGCUUUUGUGAUGUACACCACUAAAGAGGAAGCCCAGCUAGCCAUCAAGAUUCUUAAUAAUUAUGAAAUUCGUCCAGGGAAGUUUAUUGGUGUCUGCGUAAGCUUGGACAACUGCAGGCUAUUUAUUGGAGCAAUUCCCAAAGAUAAGAAGAAAGAAGAAAUACUGAAUGAAAUGAAGAAAGUUACAGAAGGAGUGGUGGAUGUCAUUGUUUAUCCAAAUGCCACUGACAAAACUAAAAAUCGUGGCUUUGCUUUUGUAGAAUAUGAAUCCCACAGAGCAGCUGCCAUGGCUAGAAGACGACUUAUCCCAGGGACGUUCCAGCCCUGGGGUCAUACUAUUCAAGUAGACUGGGCAGAUCCUGAGAAAGUAGUUGAUGAAGAAACUAUGCAGAGAGUCAAAGUAUUGUAUGUAAGAAAUUUAAUGAUAUCUACUACAGAGGACAAAAUUAAAGCUGAAUUCAACAAGUUCAAGCCAGGAGUAGUUGAACGUGUGAAGAAGUUGAGAGACUAUGCUUUUGUUCAUUUUUUCCACCGGGAAGAUGCAGUUGCUGCUAUGUCUGUAAUGAAUGGAAAGUGCAUUGAUGGAGCCAGUAUUGAGGUAACACUGGCAAAGCCAGUUAACAAAGAAAGUUCUUGGAAGCAACAUUUUAAUGGUCAGAUAGGUCCCAGUUCUGAAAAUCUCUUAGGGUUUCCCAACAAAGAAGAUGGCACUCAAAAAUCCGUGGCAAAACCAGCAAGUCUUUCAGUUCGUCUUAAUGGCCAGCACAGUCCAGGCUCCCCUGAAGUUGAAAGAAGUACAUACCCCUUUUUUCCAGGAAUAAAGCUUACUCCAAUUAGCAUGUAUUCUUUAAAGCUGAAUCACUUCAGUUCUGCAGUAAUGCAUCUGGAUUAUUUUUGUCAUAAAAAUAGCUGGGCACCACCAGAGUACUGCUUGUAUUCAACAACAAGUCAGGAUGGGAAAAUACUCUUGGUGUACAGGGUGCUUAUUUCUAGUAUUGCAGAUGAUUCCCAGAGUUAUUUCAUGCCAGAAAAACUCUGUACAACGGUAGAAGAUGCAAAGGAAUUGGCAGCACAGUUCACACUUUUACAUCUAGGUAAGCAUUAACAGUUUUGAUUAGUUAUGAAGAACUGAAGCUGUUACUUU